AUGUCAUCGUGGCCAUCUUUUCCAAACCGGUUGUUGAUUCUGCUUGAGCCUGGACACCUUCUCUAUGCCAGUGCCCAUGCUUUUAUCGUCACCGCCUUUCGAUUUUUUGUCCUCCAGCACAAUUCUCCAUCCGCCUCGAAUCUGAAGAAGGUCCGAGAUGAUGCUUUUUCUGCUUUCUGGACUAAAACCACUGCGCCGGUCGAUCCACCUCCACCACCGGCGGGGUCGGCCACUCUCGUCCCACCAAUCCUGUCUCGCGCCCAUGGUGUUGUUCUGGACAUCGGACCGGGUUCCGGUUCCUUCGUAUCGCUUUUCGCCGACAAUGCCAAUAUCAGUGCCAUCUACGGCGCUGAGCCCACUCUCGGUCUUCAUGUUCCAUUGCAAAGCCGGAUCAACGAAGCCAAACUCACGGAUAAAUACCAUAUCCUAAGCUGUUCGGCGGACAAGAAGGAAUUGCUCGCUGCACUGGAGCGGGAAGGUGUCAGAUCUGCGGGUGAAGGAGUCUUCGACACCAUCGUCUGUAUCCGUGUUCUGUGUUCGGUGCCUCACCUGGACGAAAGUGCUCGCGAAUUGUAUUCUCUCCUUCGUCCUGGAGGGGAGCUGAUGGUUGUGGAGCAUAUCAAGAACCCCUGGACGAAGAAUGGGAGCAUCCUGGCGAGGCUGAUGCAAAUCAUCUAUCAUCUCUUGGGUUGGAAAUUUUUCCUUGCUGGAUGCGAAAUGAAUCGAGAUACUGCGGCGUCAUUGAAGAGGGCGGGAGCUUGGGAAGCCGUUGACCUGAAGACACAUUUUGAGUGGUCCGCCUUGCCCUAUCUCGCGGGGACUUUGACGAAAAGAAAGUGA